AUGUCACGAGAAACUCGUACAACCAAGGUUUAUGUUGGAGGUUUACCAAACGAUGCUCGUAAAGAAGAGUUGGAAAAUGAAUUCUCACGUUUUGGCAAGCUCCAAGAUGUCUGGGUGGCUCGUAACCCCCCUGGAUUUGCAUUCAUUGAAUUCUAUGAUGAGCGAGAUGCCAAAGAUGCAUGCUUUGAAUUGGAUGGUAGAACUGUCUGUGGACAACGUGUAAGGGUAGAGCUAUCACAUGGUAAGACUCGUGGCAGAGGACGAGGUCGUGGGGGUUAUGACCGACGUGAUGACCGACGUGAUGAUCGUGGAAGAAGAUAUGAAGACAGUCGAGGCUCAAGAUACUUUAGUGUUGAGAUGAAGAAAGCGAAACUACAGAAGCCGCUCACGAUCUCAAGAAAGGCGUUACAGAAAUUAAAUCAGAAGGAUAAAAGAGAAGAAAAGUUUCUUGCAAAAGAUGUAACAACAUUUGCUCAUCCUUUUUAG